AUGGUCUACUUCCAAGCUUCUACGUAUGGUUGGGUUCCCUUAAUCACUACAACCUUCAGAUAUUCAAUCGGUAAAGAACCGCUUGAGCUGCCAUCCACCGUGCUGGAAGCUAAUUUCAUUAUCUUCGAUCAAUUUGCCAAUUUUUGGGUUUGGUUACCCACGAUGUUUACAUCGGUUAUGGUCCAGUACUGCAUGCUUACACUGAUGUCAUCGAAUGAGUGCUUGUUUUGGAAUCUUCUGCAUCACGUGUCCUGUCUAUUCAAAAUAGUUCGGAUGGAGAUUGCUCGCCUCAACGACUACAAGGAUCCUGUGGCGUUCAAGGAACAGCUCGCCGUCAUCGCUGAAGUUCACGAGGUGUGCUUCAGAAGUGCUCGCCGACUGGAAAGUGUUUUAAGUCCGGUAAUGGCUUUGCUGUAUUGUUCGUGCAUAUUUCAAACAUGCUACCUCAUGUUCAUUGUCAGUGUGAUAGAUGACCUGUUCCUACUAGCAUCGAUGGUUUUCCUACUGCAGUAUACUGUCUUUUUGAUAUUUGCUUUCUCGAUGCUGGGAACGGAACUAAUGGAAGAGAGUGCAUCGAUUUCCACUGCGAUUUACAACACACAAUGGUACGAGCGGGCGGCUGCCGAACGCCGCCUAUUGCUGUUUAUGCAAAUGAGGUCCAAUCGGGUGGUGGCAAUUAGUGCUGCAAAAUUUUUCUAUCUCACCCGAUCGACAUUCGGAAGGGCCAUGAGGACGGCGUUCUCAUUCUUCACAAUCAUGCAACAGUUCUACGAGGAAAAUGGAGUCGGAAAUCAUUGA